AUGCGAUGUGAAGGCCCCAAACCCAGCUCCAAGUCCUCCAGCAGCCUCAGCGCCGCCGCCACCUUCGUGCCGCCGCUCGCCGCCGCGCAUGGAGGAGUAGCGGUCCCGUUUGGCAUGGCGCCGCCGGGGGUGGCGACGACGGCGGACGACGCCCGGUUCUGCAUGCCGUGGGCGGCCGCGGCGCACUUCGAGAACUGGGGCGACUCCGGCAUCGUCGUCACGAGCCCGCUCGCCGAGACGGCUUCCACCGACGUCGACGACGUCAGCGGUGCCAACCACCACGACGCACAGAUGGGUGGAGCCAUCACGCAGAGCGUCGAUGGACACGACAACUCGUUGCCGGUGUGCAAGGUAGAAUCAAGGGAUCACAAGGCAUACAUUGUGGAGCUGGAGAACAGCCGGUCCAAGCUGGCUCACCUUGAGCAGGAGCUUCAGAGGGCAAGGCAGCAGGGGAUGUUCAUUGCAAGCGCGUUGGCGUUCGAUCUGGAGUACGCGCGGUGGCUGGACGAGCACCAGCAACACAUGAACGACCUCCGGGUGGCCCUGAGCGCGCAGAUCGGCGAUGACGACCUGGGCGUGCUGGUGGACGGCGUGAUGCUGCACUACGACGAGAUGUUCCGUCUCAAGGGCGUGGCCACCAGGACGGACGUGUUCCACGUGCUGUCGGGCAUGUGGAUGAGCCCCGCGGAGCGGUUCUUCAUGUGGCUGGGCGGGUUCCGGUCGUCGGAGCUGCUCAAGGUGGUGGCGCGGCAGGUGGAGCCGCAGCUGACGGAGCAGCAGCUGGUGGGCAUCUGCAGCCUGCAGCAGUCGCUGCAGCAGGCCGAGGACGCGCUGUCGCAGGGGAUGGAGGCCCUGCAGCAGGCGCUCGGGGACACGCUCGCCGCCGCCGCCCCGGCGCUCGGCCCGUCCGCGUCCGCCGCCGACAGCGUCACCAACUACAUGGGCCAGAUGGCCGUCGCCAUGAGCAAGCUCGCCACCGUGGAGAACUUCCUCCGCCAGGCGGACCUGCUGCGGCAGCAGACGCUCAAGCAGGUGCACCGGAUCCUGACCACGCGCCAGGCCGCGCGCGCGCUGCUCGUCGUCAGCGACUACUUCUCGCGGCUCCGAGCGCUGAGCUCCCUGUGGCUGACGCGCCCGACGGAUUGA